AUGGCUCCCGUCGAACCUUGUGGACAGUAUGAUUUUGAUCUUUUAGUUAUAGGUGGAGGAUCUGGUGGUUUAGCUUGUGCUAAAGAAGCUACAAGUUUUGGAAAACAAGUUGUAGUUUUAGAUUUUGUUAUUCCGUCAGAAAAAGGUACCACUUGGGGAAUAGGUGGUACUUGUGUUAAUGUUGGUUGUAUACCUAAAAAACUAAUGCAUCAAGCCUCAUUAUUAGGCGAAUCAAUUCAAGAAGCUCGGAGCUAUGGAUGGAACAUACCUGAUCCAAUUUCAUUCAAUUGGGAAUCUUUAGUAGAAGCUGUACAAAAUCAUAUUAAAUCAGUUAACUGGGUUACACGUGUACAAUUAAGAGACAAAAAAAUUGAAUAUGUCAAUGGACAUGGUGUGUUCGAAGAUGCUCACACAGUUAUUGCAAAGAUGAAAAAUGGAAAAGAACGACGAAUAACAGCAAAAGAUAUUGUAAUAGCUGUUGGUGGACGUCCACGCUACCCUGAUUUUCCAGGGUGUAAAGAAUAUUGUAUCACUAGUGAUGACCUAUUUUCAAUGCCUACAUCACCAGGAAAUACUCUGGUUAUUGGUGCUGGAUAUAUUGGGUUAGAGUGUGCAGGAUUUCUAAAAGGUUUAGGAUAUGAAGCAACUGUCAUGGUUCGAUCUAUGCUUCUCAGAGGUUUUGACAGGGGUAUGGUGGAUUUAGUUCAAGCUGAAAUGGAACAUAAAGGUGUAAAUUUUCUUUUUGGAAAAAUACCUGUCAAAGUAUCAAAGCAGCCAAAUGGCAAAUUAUUAGUAGAAUGGAAAGGCGGUAAUGAAAUCGGACAAGGGGAAUUUGAUACAGUUCUUGUAGCUACAGGACGUAAAGCUUUAUCUGAAGAAUUAAAUCCAACUGCUGCUGGUUUACAAAUUCAUCCUGAAUCGUUCAAAUUCGUCACUAAUGCUGAACAGACUAAUAUUCCAAAUAUAUAUGCAGUUGGUGAUGUAUUACACGAAAGACCAGAACUAACCCCAGUAGCAAUUCAAGCAGGCAAAUUAUUGGCCGGGCGAUUAUAUAAUGGCAUUCAAGAACAAAUGGAUUAUGAUAAUGUUGCUACAACAGUUUUCUCACCUCUUGAGUAUGGCUGUGUUGGUCUUACAGAAGAAGAAGCAAUUAAAAGAUAUACUGAGAAUAAGAUUGAAGUGUAUCAUGCAUAUUAUAAGCCAACAGAGUUUUUUAUACCCCAGAAAAAUGUUAAAAAUUGUUAUUUAAAAGUAAUAACUCUUCUAGAAGCACCACAAAAAGUUUUGGGUAUGCAUUUUAUUGGGCCUCAAGCAGGUGAAGUAAUACAAGGAUAUGCUGCAGCUAUAAAGGCUGGAUUAACCUAUCAACAUUUAAAGGACACUGUAGGAAUUCAUCCUACAGUAUCUGAAGAAUUUACUAGGGUGGCCAUCACAAAGCGGUCGGGCGAUGAUCCUACUCCGCAAAGUUGUUGUAGUUAA